AUGAUUGUAGAGCUGUGUCUGCUUCUAAGAAUCGUGUUAAAUGAAAACCUACACCUGACUCGUUUGUCAGUUACUACUUGUGAAGAUACCAAAGAACCCAUGGAGGAAAUUCAAUCAGUACAAAAGUUCAAGAUGCCCUCCAAAGACUAUCCUCCAACUCCGAGCACAUGGGAAAUGAAUCCCAAUUUAAAUUCAAUGUGGGCUUACCGUCCAGCUCCUGCUCAGCAGCAGGCCCCCGAUGAUCAAAUGGCGCGUACGGUGUUGGUGAGAUCUCCUCAUUCACUAACGAGACUUGCCAAAUCAUUAACACUGGGAUAUGAUCCAUAUUUUGACAAGGGCUUUUUCGAACCUUUUGAAAGACGACAAAGACCAGUCACUCUUGUCGCCUUUAGGAAAAAUGGAUUUAUACCGCGGACUCAUUUUAAGGGUACAACGGGAAAUGCGGAUGAAAUAGCAGAACUCCAGUCUCCUUAUAAUGAUAUCAGCAAUUUUUGGCAGGAAGAACUAGAACCUCUGCAUUAA